AUGUCAGCAAACGUACUGCUUUUUUCGGUAGUCUUCUUCAGUUUCUUUCGUCUGGCGCUUACCGAAGAAGGGGAACGAUGUGGUGUGGAGGAUGAGAGGAAGGUGAACGAAUGUCUACAGCCAAUGCUUGAGUACGCCGCUAAACUGCAAGCAGAUACUGGUGCGAUGCAGUUCCCAUUACAAGGAGGAGAUGUCUUUAAAAAAUUGUGCUCAAUUUUCAUUGAAUUUAAGAGUUGUGUCUCUCCAAUCACCUGUGACUCCCUGUCGGUGGAUGCUGUGGACGCCAGUUACGGUUAUAUGUGCGGUGCCGGUCAACCGUUAUUCGAACAACAUGCCGCUUGCUUUGCUCGGGUUGAAGCCGAAAAAUCCUAUAUCAACUGUAAAACAGCAGCCACUCAAGCGAUAAGCGAAGCGCAAGAAACUAAGCUGAAUUCCGGUUCAACUGAAGCGUAUCUGGCCGAGAUGUGUCGAGCGAUGGACGGGUAUCUUCGCUGUUCUCAUCCAAUAAUUCUGGAUAAAUGCGGAUCAGAAGCUUGGAGACUGGUAUCGACGGUCACAAGAGACAGUUUAGGAGUGACAAUGCCUGACUGCGAUAUGCGAUCGGCUUUAAUUUGA